GAAAUAAAGCAAGAAAAAGAAAAGAAGGUGGUUGUGAUUACUCAAAAGUAGCGGAUGUAUCUGCUCAACAAUUUUCAAAACGCAUCCACAUAAAAAAAAUCCAUAAAGUUCCGUAAUUUUCGUGAACCUCUGUGGUUCAAACACAGUUAAUAUACUAGUAGUAUUUCCAUUUUUUGGUUCAAAGUUGUUUAUUCUCGAACAACACCAUCUUUAAGUAAUAAUAACUCUCUCUUAGUAUAAAUAUUACUAACUCUUUCUUCCACCUCUCGACAACCGCGACAGUAACCACCGUCAGCUAGGUCAUCCCUUUCUUUUCAUCCUCUCAUCGUUUUUUUUCCCUUCAAUUAUUGUUUCCGGUUUCUCUCGCUAAUCUCAUAAAUAUUAAUAUUUAAUUAGGAUUUGGAAGUGGCGAAAGGGGAGAUAUGAAAUUCGGUUGCACAUUCACGGAGUAUCUGCAAGAGGAGCGAGAGUGGUUGAUGGAUGAGAAUUGUGCGCAUAUUAAGUAUGACAGGUUGAAAAAUGUUUUGAAGAGUUGUCAGAAUUUCAAAGAUAGCUCUUCUGAUGAUCAACAUCAGUCGUGUGACUGUCAAUCUUGCCCAGUAUGCGAUCAGAAGUUCUUCUCAGAGUUGAUGAAGGAAGCAUCAGAUAUAGCAGGAUACUUUGGUUCGAGAGUUCAACAUCUCCUAAAUCUUCAUAUUGCAAAAGGACUUCAAAGAUAUGUAUUGCGUUUGCGCCAGUGUUUUAAAGAUGAUAAAGAAGUCCUGUCCCAAGAAGGGAGAAUUCUAAUCGAGUAUAUUUCCAUGAAUGCAAUUGCAAUGAGGAAAAUACUUAAGAAAUAUGAUAAAGUGCACAGCUCUAUGAAUGGGGAGAAUUUCAAAUCUAAGAUGCAUGCUGAGCAUAUUGAACUUUUACACUCACCUUGGCUGAUUGAAUUGGGUGCUUUUUAUCUGAAUACAAGUGGACUAGAUGGUUGCGAGCUUGAUGGAAUCCGUGGUCACUUUUCAUGUGAUUUUAAUGUUACUGAUGCUCUAAUGACAUUGACUCUUCCAGAUUCUAUUAAGCUUGAGUAUGAUCUAACUUGUGCAAUUUGCCUGGAUUUUGUUUUCAAUCCAUAUGCUUUGGGUUGUGGCCACAUCUUCUGCAAGUCGUGUGCUUGUUCUGCUGCAUCUGUGAUGAUUUUCCAAGGCCUUAAAGCUGCAACUCCAGAGUCAAAGUGUCCUAUAUGCAGAGAGGGAGGAGUUUAUUCCAAGUCAGUCCGAAUGUUAGAACUCAAUCUUCUUAUGAAAAGAAGGUGCAACGAUUAUUGGAAAGAGAGACUAGCUAGGGAAAGAGUUGUCGCUUUGAAGCAAUCAAAGGAAUACUGGAAUUUGCAGUCUAUGUAUGCAGUUGGAUUGCCGUAGGUUUUGUUAUGAUUUGGCCAUUGAAACAUUAUUGUAGGAGUGUAACAACUAGAAACUGGUUUUUAUCAAAGACAGAAAUGCCAAAUAAAACUGGGAACUUAGAAAAGUUGGUGUCAUUUUCAACGUUAAAAAUGAGUUCGAUUCUCUGAUACAGUCAGUUUCCCCUCUCUGUCGUUGUUAUCAAAUACUUGUUAUUCUUUUCGCAAUGCUCAGUUUGUAAUAGAAUCAUGCUUAGUACAGUUAAUUAUAAUUUUAAAUGUUGUUAACUUCA